AGUCGCAUUCGGAAGAUUAUACAACUAAACGGGCGUUUUGUAAAUAAGUUGCAGUAAUUUAACAAAUAUUCGUCAAUUAAAGUGACGAUUGGGGAGGAAAUAGAAUAAAUAGCAAACAUGAGCAACUUUACGGCGGUUUUCCAGAUGUUAAGGCAGCGAUUGAUAGCCCCAGCGAUAGGAAACACGGCACGUUGUUAUGCCGUCAAACCGGCGGCGCCAGCGAGUAAGAAGAAAAAGCUGGGCAAACUGGGACCCAUCAUGGAGAAGAAAAUCAUUCCCGUGGAGACGGAUGCCAACAAACUGGUGAACUAUGUGUGCGGUAGCAACUACCUGAAAACAGGACAGGAUGUCAAGAUCAAAUCGGAUGCGGAGUACCCCGACUGGCUGUGGUCCCUGAACACGGAACGCAUCAUCCCGCUGGACGAACUGGAUCCCAACUCCAAGCAGUACUGGCGACGCCUCAGGAAACUGGCCUUGCGGCGCAACAACCAGCUGUCCAAGCUCAAGAAGUUCUAGACCCCGUAGCCCUAGGUGUUAUCGUUGAUUUUGGAGACCCGACCCUCGAAGCGACCAUGUUGUUUGCCAUGCUCUCCUGAGCAACAAGUGUGUAAACACCAUGUUUUCUGCAAAAACAUACCGCAAAUACAUAUUACAACGUCAUACCCUCCUUA